CGCCACGCUCCCUCCCCGCUCGCCGCGCCCGCGGUCAGCGGGCAGAGCUCUCAGGACCUCACCGGCGCCUAGCAGCCCCGGGCAGCAGAGCCGCUCCCGCCGGCCGGGAAACGCCCCCUGUCCCCCACCCCCGCGGGGCCCGGCCGGGAGAGUGGGACCGGCGGGAGGAGGAGGAGGAGGCGGCGCCGCCGGGACUGCCUCCUCCCCGCCCCUCGCGUCUCCUCCCCGCGCCACCGGGAAGGACAAGGGGACUGGGCACGGGGACCCCGGCCAGUGAGCGCCGGUGCCGGGGCCGCCCUUCGCUGGCGCUCUCCUGCCGCGAGCCGGGGCCGGUCUCGCCUCAUAUGGUGCUGGCCGCAGCCAUGAGCCAGGACGCGGACACCAGCGGCCUCGAGCAACCGGACAGAGAUGCCCGCAGCGUGCCCGGUGCCCCGGCGCCUCCAGCGCCCCCCGGCCCGCGAGGGAUGCAGCCGCCGCCGCCGCCGCCGCCCCAAGCCGGCCUACCCCAGAUCAUCCAAAAUGCCGCCAAGCUCCUGGACAAGAACCCCUUCUCGGUCAGUAACGCGAAUCCUCUGCUGCCUUCACCUGCCAGUCUCCAACUGGCUCAACUGCAAGCCCAGCUCACCCUCCACCGGCUGAAGCUGGCACAGACAGCCGUCACCAACAACACUGCGGCCGCCACGGUCCUAAACCAGGUCCUCUCCAAAGUGGCCAUGUCUCAGCCUCUCUUCAAUCAGCUGAGGCAUCCGUCUGUGAUCAGUGCCCCCCCCAGCCACGCCGGGGUGCCCCAACACGCUGCAGCCAUGCCCAGUGCCCGGUUCCCCUCGAAUGCACUUGCCUUCUCUCCCCCCGGCCAGACACGAGGCCCAGGACCCUCUGUGAGCCUUCCCAGCCAGCCCCCUAAUGCCAUGGUGAUGCAUCCUUUCAGCGGGGUCAUGCCUCAGACCCCCACCCAGCCAGCGGUCCUCUUGGGCCUUGGCAAGCCUGGGCCCACUCCUGCUGCAGCGGGAUUCUACGAGUAUGGCAAAGCCAGCUCCGGCCAGGCCUAUGGCUCUGAAACGGACGGUCAGCCCAGCUUCCUGCCAGCCUCGGCCUCCACCUCGGGCAGCGUGACCUAUGAAGGGCACUACAGCCACUCAGGGCAAGAUGGCCAAGCUGCCUUUCCCAAGGACUUCUACGGACCCAACUCCCAAGGGUCGCAUGUGGCAGGCGGAUUUACAGCUGAGCAGGCCGGGGGCGUGAAAGGCGAGGUAGGUCCUCUGCUGCAGGGUCCAAGCAGCCAGUGGGAGAGCCCCCACGGCUUCUCUGGCCAAAGCAAGCCUGCUCUUACAGCAGGCCCCACCCUGUGGCCUCCACCCCCCAGCCAGCCCUAUGAGCUGUAUGACCCCGAGGAGCCCACCCCAGACAGGACCCCUCCUUCCUUCGGGGGUCGGCUAAACAACAGCAAACAGGGUUUCAGCGGUGCCCGGCGGCGGCGGGCCAAGGAGGAGCAGGCGAUGCUGUCCGUGCGGCCCCUGCAGGCUCAGGAGCUGAAUGACUUUCACGGUGUGGCCCCCCUCCACCUGCCACACAUCUGUAGCAUCUGCGACAAGAAGGUGUUUGAUUUGAAGGACUGGGAGCUGCACGUGAAAGGGAAACUGCACACUCAGAAAUGCCUGGUCUUCUCUGAAAACGCCGGUGUCCGUUGUGUACUCGGUUCAGCAGAGGGAACCCUGUGUCCUUCUCCCAACAGCACAGCCGUUUAUAACCCUGUUGGGAAUGAAGAUUAUGCCUCAAAUCUUGCAACAUCCUAUGCGGCCGUUCCAGCAAGGCCAUUUGCUCAGUCAAAUCCUGCAUUUCCUUCAGCUUCCCCGGGGACAAAUUUUGCACAGCGGAAAAUGGGUGCUGGCCGCGUGGUACACAUCUGUAAUCUCCCUGAAGGAAGCUGCACUGAGAAUGACGUCAUUAACCUGGGGCUGCCCUUUGGAAAGGUCACUAAUUACAUCCUCAUGAAGUCUACUAAUCAGGCCUUUUUAGAGAUGGCUUACACAGAAGCUGCCCAGGCCAUGGUCCAGUAUUAUCAGGAAAAAUCUGCUAUGAUCAAUGGUGAGAAGUUGCUCAUUCGGAUGUCCAAGAGAUACAAGGAAUUGCAGCUGAAGAAACCUGGGAAAACCGUGGCUGCCAUCAUCCAGGACAUCCAUUCCCAGAGGGAGAGGGACAUGUUCCGGGAAGCAGACAGAUAUGGCCCAGAAAGGCCACGGUCUCGCAGUCCCGUGAGCAGGUCACUGUCGCCGAGGUCCCAUACUCCCAGCUUCACCUCCUGCAGCUCUUCCCACAGCCCUCCCGGCCCCUCCCGGGCCGACUGGGGCAGCGGCCGGGACUCGUGGGAGCACUCUCCCUACGCCAGGAGGGAGGAAGAGCGAGACCCGGCCCCCUGGAGGGAGAACGGGGAGGACAAGAGGGACAGGACGGACACGUGGGCACCUGACCGCAAACACUACCCCCGGCCACUAGACAAAGCCGAGUUAGACGAGCGACUCGAAGGAGGGAGGGGCCACCGAGAAAAGCACCCGAGGACUGGGUCCCCCAACCCGCUCCACUCGGCAUCCGGGUACAAAAGCCGAGAAGACGGCUACUACCGGAAAGAGCCCAAAGGCAAAUCGGACAAGUAUCUAAAGCAGCAGCAGGACGCCUCCGCGAGGUCCAGGAGGAAAGACGAGGCCAGGCUGCGGGAGAGCAGACAUCCCCACCCAGACGACCCUGGCAAGGAGGACGCGCUGGAGCCAAAGAUUCGGGCCCCUGACAGCACCAAGUCUAAGCAGAGUGAGAAAAACAGAACCAGGAGACCUGAUAGAGACCAAGAAGGAGCCGGUGAUAGAAAAGAAAGCCGAAUGGCAGAGAAUGAGACUGGAAAAGAGGAACAGGAGGGCAUGGAAGAAAGGCCCCCAUCAGUGGGCAGGCAGGAGAAAGAAGCAGAGUCCUUUGAUCCUGAAAACACAAGGACAAAGAAGGAGCAAGAUUGGGAGAGUGGAAGUGAGGCCGAGGUGGAGAGCUGGUACCCCACGAACAUGGAGGAGCUGGUUACAGUGGACGAGGUGGGGGAGGAAGAAGAUUUUAUCAUGGAACCGGACAUCCCAGAGCUGGAAGAAAUCGAACCCAUUGACCAGAAGGACAAAAUCUGCCCCGAAAUGUGUCCCUGUGUGACGACCGCCUUACACCUGGACUUACCCAAAGAUUUCACCAAGGAGGGAGGCAAGACCAUAGGUAAUGGGGCUGCAGAAAUCAGCCUCAAGUCGCCCAAAGAACUGCCUUCUGCUUCCACGAGCGGUCCCAGUGACAUGGACGUGGAAACGCCUGGCCUAAAUCUGGAUGCUGAGCGGAAGCCAGCUGAAUGCGAGACAGGCCUCUCACUGGAGGGUUCAGGUUGCUACGAGGAGCAGGCAAAGGGAGCAGAGGGCUCAGAUGCUCAUCUGGCCCCUACGCUCCAGCAAAUGUCUUCCCCCAAGCCAGCAGAGGAGAGGGCCCGGCAGCCUAGCCCAUUUCUCGAUGACUGCAAGGCCAGGGGGACCCCUGAAGAUGGGGCUUGUGAAGGCAGCCCCUUGGAGGAGAAAGCCAGCCCCCCCACCGACACCGACCUCCAAAGCCAGGCUUGCCGAGGAGUGUCGACCCCGGAAAGCUCCAGGUAUAUGGAAAUGAAAACUCUGGACGUGAGGUCACCGGAAUACACCGAAGUGGAGCUGAAACAGCCCCUUUCUUUGCCAUCUUGGGAACCAGAGGAUGUGUUCAGUGAACUUAGCAUUCCUCUAGGGGUGGAGUUCGUGGUGCCCAGGACUGGGUUUUACUGCAAGCUGUGUGGGCUGUUCUACACGAGCGAGGAGAUGGCAAAAAUUAGCCACUGUCGCAGUGCUGUCCACUACAGGAACUUACAGAAGUACUUGUCCCAGCUGGCCGAGGAGGGCCUGAAGGAGACCGAGGGGGCAGGCAGUCCGAGGCCUGAGGACAGCGGAAUCGUGCCAAACUUUGAAAAGAAAAAGCCCUGACACCCUGCCACUGCUGGAAGCGGGGAGAGGAGGGCCUGCCGAGGUGGGGCCUUCCUGACCUCGGUGCAGGAUCUAAAGCUGGAGAGGAAGGAAAACCAGGCAGGCCACAUUGCCUGGUUUGUUCUCAGAGACUCAUGAAAACGCCCUGAAGUGUCUCCCAGAGCUGUCACCCCGCUGUGUCCAGCCCCCUGAGGGUUGCCCACUUUCUCCCUGUUGGCUCUUUUGUUUCCUUCAAACAAGCUUUCAAUUUGCUUCUCUCUCUUGCUCCCCCUCCCUCCCUCUCUCCUCUUUCUGUGCCAAGGGUCAUUUCCAUUUCAUAAAGUCCAACUUCUCAGGGAUUUUCACAGUGUUCAAAUUCUUGACGGGAUAGGACAGGUCAGGCCAGGCUGAGUCAUCCAAGAGAAAGGUUUCAUGGAAACUCCUGGGUCAAGAACCACUUCAGUGACCCUGGCAUGGUUUCUCUGCCUGGCCUCCUGCGCGGGGGUGGGGUCGCUGUGCCGGGUCCUGCAGUCCUGGAGAGGGGGCACCCUAGACAGUCACUUGGCAGAAGCUGGGAGUUCCUCCAGCUGGACUACCUUUUUGAAAAGCCCUGUUUUUAAUAACUCUUUCACCCUCUCAGUUAUUCUAGAAGUUCACCAGAUUCAUGCCUUAAAAUUCAAUUUUACAGAGGAGGAAAAGAACCCUUCAUUUUGGAAGCUCUGAUAAGUUCCCCCUAAACUUAUUUUCCUCCUCUUGAUUUCAGGAGAUGCCAGAGUUUGUUCUAUUCUGGACAGUGAAUUAGGUGUAGAGUCACUUUAAAUAAAAAUGAAAACAGAAGCGCCUUCCCCUUCCAGUUGAAACAGCCCUUGCUGAGGGCUUGGGUCGAGUGUUGGCCUCCGGGUUGCAUGGCACUGGCCUGAGAGAACCAAAACAAGGAAAUGGCAUCUGUCCUUGACUCACCCUUGCUGCCUGUACUCUGGGCUCCAGCAGCCUCCCAGUGGGAUGGUUUUUAAGUGGUCUCUCAGUGAGGGGAGAAGCUAAGGAAAGAGAAGGCUGUAGGACUGAAGGGUGGCGUUGGAGGGUGGCUGGGUGUUGGCAGGUGGGCCCUUUCCAAUUUGGCAGAGGGUCAAGAGCGUCUCAGAGUUGACUCCAUGUGCAGACCUGGCAGCUAAAUGUUAUGAAGAACAGAACCCUUAUUCCCAUCCGGCUGUCUGUUACUGGAGGUUAGUACCUUCAGGCCCCAGUCGGGCUGCAGGGCCUCUCAUCUGAUGUGCCAUUGGAAGCGUGUGGGACAGGGUACCGGGGGAAUGAGGCUCAGCUGCAGCCCUAGAGAAGCCCUCAAGAAGGUCAGAGGGGAGCCCGGUGCUGUUUCCACAAGCUGAGCCCCGUGCCUGGAGGCAGCCUCCCUGACUUAGCCCCUGGAAGACAGCUCCUGUGGUUUCCAUUCCCGACUGCAGGCAGGUGGACGAGGAAGGGAUGGUUUUAUUUAUUUACUUUUGCAUUUGUUUAAUGGUAGAAAAGAGUAGACUGCACAUUCUGUCCUCUGCUCUAAUGGCAGAAGGGUACAGAGAUUAUCUGAGUUCCACACUGACAUUUUAUCAGUGAGGAAACAAGGCACAAAAAGGAAAGAUGUAGAACGUAAAAUGAUCAUGUGUAAACCUUGAGGCGAGUGGUCCCCUGCAAGGAGAGCGCUGUUGGGCAGCUGUGAGGGAGAAGGGUUAAGGCAGCACCAGGGACAAGCAGACCGGCUUGGACAGCUGUAGCGAGUUGAGGCUGGAGGAAGCAGGAAAGCCGGACUCGGCAUCAGGCCACCUGGGGGCCUCAGAAAGGUUGGUGUCUCAAACACAGCAGGGUUUGAAGAUGGUGGCUCAGCCCAGACCUGCUCCACUGGCUGCCUACCCAGGUUGUUACCUGGCAUUCUGGAAACCAGCCACCUCCAUUUCUCAGAAAACCUUUGACCCUGUGUCUUUCUUCCCACCGGAGGGAAGACUAGGGCCAGCUUCCCAGCCAAAGCUUGAUGGGAAAAGCCUGCUGCCUCCAUCAGAUGCUGGAACUGUGCCUUGUCAGAGAUGCUGGCAGUCUUUUCUCCAGCAAAGUGGAAGCCGACGCGCUAGCUCACCCCCCAGCAGCGUUUCCAUGGAAAUCCCAAUGGCUGUUCAAACAGCCGCAGUCCCGAGUAGUGUAAUGGCUCCCUUGCUGACAGAUUGACCUUCUCCAUCUUGGAAAGCUGGAGAGAGCCUCAGGGAAGAAGAGAGGAGAGGCUCGCUCAGCGUUCAAUCAGAACCUUCAGUUUAAAAAUCAUCUAAGAUUCCAUAAUUGUGUGUAUAUAUAUUUAUUUUUAUUUAUUUUUAUACAAUUCCAUCGGCAUGGUCCUUCACCCACUCUAAUUUGCGUUUUUUAUUCCUAUGUGUCAUACACAAUGCAGUAUGAAAGGCAACCAGGAAAAUAUUGAUUUAUUUUUUAAAGCUUUUCCUCAGUGUCUGUCCACCAUUUCAAAGUGUCUCCCGGAAAAGGUUGAGAAGGUUGUUCAACAGCAGGUGUCGCCUUGAGCAACAGAUCUGUUUGUGCCCUGGGUUAAUGUAACCAAAGGCCUACGUAAUUUUCUUUUCAUUGUAAACACCUGAAAUAAAGUAAAUCCAGACUGUAUUCCCAAAGAAUUUGAUAAAUUUGAUGUCGGUGUGAGCAGCAGUCACUAGUAUCAGGGUUUCCCUUUCUUGGACACUCCAAGGCUGUGAUCUGUUAGAUGAUACUUGAACUGGACCAGAGUUUGCUUCUUGAGCUUAUAAGAGAGAGAAAAAAAAAAAAAACUAGUUAAUUUAAGUUUGAACUUGUAAAGUAUUGGAUUUUGUUGAGUGUCCUAUAAAUCGUCACCACUUUUCUUGAUAUGUAUAACUGACCACAAGUGUUUGUUUUUACAAAAGGAAAAAGAAAAAGAUUUUUAAUAAAGAGAAUUUGAAAGCUUG